GUUCUCUCUCUCUCUCUCUCCCUCUCUCUCUCCCUCGUGAGGAUAAGUGCGGACAGUGUACAGGAUCGCACACACGCGCACACGUUCCCUCUCCUGCUGCCUCGCGCGGGAGAGUGUGUUGCCAUGACCAAGGACGCAUCCAUCCUCUGCUGAGAACCAUGCGCUGCCGGCUGAACCCUGCUGGAAUGAACCGACUGAAGGGGACUUUCAAGGGACUCACCUGUGGAUUUGCGCCGUCAAGAUGCCUUAUAUGACGAAACCUCUGAUUUUACUCCUAUGUCUGGUCGUUACCGGCGAAUGCCGUAGGCACGGGCACCGGGUGCGGAGAUGGACCGGUACCGUGGAGACCCAGAAGCACGGCACCUCCUUGGCAAAGAAGCCUCCAGAUGUGACCAAGUCUCGUAAAGUGAAGACGGAGCACCUGCUCAAAGUAGAUGAUCAUGACUUCACCAUGAGGCCAGCAUUUGGAGGUCCAGCAAUCCCUGUUGGAGUGGACGUUCAGGUGGAGAGCUUGGACAGCAUCUCUGAGGUUGAUAUGGACUUCACCAUGACUCUGUACCUGCGGCACUAUUGGAAGGAUGAGCGUCUAUCCUUCACCAGCAGCACCAAUAAGAGCAUGACGUUUGAUGGUCGCCUGGUGAAGAAGAUCUGGGUCCCUGAUGUCUUCUUUGUGCAUUCUAAGAGAUCCUUCAUCCACGACACCACCACUGACAACAUCAUGCUGCGUGUCUUUCCUGAUGGACACGUCCUCUACAGCUUGAGAGUGACGGUGACAGCAGCCUGUAACAUGGACUUCAGCCGUUUUCCUCUGGACUCUCAGACCUGCUCACUGGAGCUGGAGAGCUAUGCCUACACAGAUGAAGACCUGAUGCUGUAUUGGAAGAGUGGUGAUGAGUCCCUCAGCACUGAUGAUCGCAUCUCCUUAUCACAGUUCCUCAUCCAGAAGUUCCACACCACAUCUCGCUUGGCCUUCUACAGCAGCACGGGCUGGUACAAUCGUCUCUACAUCAACUUCACAUUGCGACGCCACAUCUUCUUCUUCCUGCUGCAGACAUACUUUCCUGCCACACUCAUGGUGAUGCUGUCAUGGGUAUCAUUCUGGAUCGACCGUCGGGCCGUGCCGGCCAGAGUCUCUCUGGGCAUCACCACAGUGCUGACCAUGUCCACCAUCAUCACUGGAGUGAAUGCGUCCAUGCCUCGGGUCUCCUACAUCAAGGCAGUGGACAUUUACCUUUGGGUCAGCUUCGUCUUCGUCUUCUUGUCUGUGUUGGAGUACGCUGCUGUCAACUACUUAUCCACCGUCCAGGACCGCCGGGAGCGCAAGAUGAGAGAGCGAGCACGAUCUCAGUCCCUGCCCUGUACCUGCGGAAUCUCCCAGACACGUACCAUGACCAUGUUGGAUGGUACCUACAGCGAGGCUGACACCAACAGCCUGGCCGGCUACACAGAGGAGCCCAUGGUGCCGGAUGAGGAGCAGGAAGAGCUGCACGAAGUUCCAGAGAAACCUGAACACAUGGUGGUCCACCUAUCAGUGAGCAGCGAGUCCACCACCACCAAGAAGAAGAAGAGCCUGCGUGCCCUCAGUAUCAUCCAGAACACGCAUGCUAUUGACAAAUACUCCCGGAUGAUUUUCCCUGGUUCAUACAUUUUCUUUAACCUUAUCUACUGGUCCGUCUAUUGCUGAAAGACACUCCAGAGUCAGAGCUGAGGCCAGAGAUUAACACACAUAGUAUGGAUGCUGCAUCAAAAUGGGACACUUCUGGACUGAUUCAAAAGGGACUAUAUGUUUGGUCAUAAUAUACUAUUCAGUUUAAGACCAUGGAGAGUAACAGCUUGAAAAGAUGAGUUGUCUUGAAAAGUUCUGCAUAAAUUUAACAUUGAGACUUUGGGAUUGAUCAGAGCAUUCCUUUUUAGACUUUUUUCUCCUCGCGCAGCAAUCUGAAUGUUCAUUAAUGCUAAACUAAAGGAAAGAUUCAUUUGAAUGGUGUUUUGAAACUACUGAUGUGAAUUCUCUGUCUUUUUCAGCCUCAUCAACUGUCAACUCAUGUCGAAAAGCUCUUUGUCCUCAUUACUACUGUUCUUGAGAUGAACAUCAGUUUGAUGGGAGCACUGAUGGAUGGGGAUAAGGCUUGCUUUGUUUGUGUUCAUACUGCGAGCUAUCAGUUGACGGGGCUAUGUAUUUAAAUUCAUUUGUAAUGAUUAUCAAGCUGAAAAUCACCAUGAUUAUACAUUUUUAGGGCCCAUUAUCUAUUAGUCAUGACUCAUUGACAGUGUUUAUGACUUCAUAUGUCAAGAUAACACAUGUUGACCAUAUUUUUAAGCCAAUCAUCUCAAAUAUCAUUCAUAAUAAAUAUAUUAGAACUGGUCAAGAAUCAACAAAACUAAGAGCCAUGUUAACAACUCCGUAAGGUUGUAUCUAGUGGUACUUUGAGCUUGAUGCUAACAUGCUCAUGUUAACAUGCUUACUGUAUGAUGUUUAUGAUGUUCAUGGUUAGCAUGCAAUCAUUUCCUAGUACAGCAGAGAGUGAUCAUGGCACUCAGUUACAACUCGUGAUUACAAUUCAUUCUGUGGAGAACAUGAAUGUCUGUACCAAAGUUCACGACAAUCCAUCCAAAAGUUGUGGAGACAUUUCACCCUACUGAGACAUUUCUCUUAACCAAAAAUGUCAGCCUGCUGGUGGUACUAGAUGAAAAGCUAGAGGAACAGCAAAGUUAUCAUGGCUUAUCCUCUGGAAACCUUGAAUGUCUGUACCAAAUGUCACAGUAAUUCCCCAGCUGUCAAGACAUUUCAUUCAAAACCAAAAGUGUCAAUUUCAUAGUGGUGCUAGCGGCAGAUUAAGCUGAUCACUAAAGACAGUAGGAUUCAUCCUCUGGGGAAAACAUGUCAAUUCAUCCAAUAUUUGCUACUAUAUGUCAAAGUACCUAUCCCUCAACCCCACUGCUAGCAUGGUUAAAAGGUGUUUUCUAGUGAUGACAUUAAUGUAUCUUUAUCUGAGGAUAACAGACUUCGGUACUUCAUGGUCUGUCACAGUGGAUUUCAUCACUCAGUAUUUUCCUUCAGCUUUGACAUAUUAGUCAGGUUUCCAUCCAAAUGUGGCACUAAUUUUAACAAUCGGCAAAAUAAAAUGCAAAUCAUUGCAUAUUUCCACUGCUUGACACUACUGUGAAAAUCAGAAAGUGGGUGCAUCAAACCAUGUGGAAAAAAUGAUGGAAAUAUGACAUUCCAUACAUGUAUUAUUUUAGGGGAAGGUUAUAGUCGUCAUCACUCCACAUCUGGAGUGUGAUCUGAUGUUUGGUCUGCUGCUAUAUUUCAUCUCUUCAGUGGAGCCACAGGCUUCAUGUGUCGUGAGUUACUCAUUGUUUCCGUUCCAAUUUCUUUUUACUGACACAACUUUUUCACCUCAACCAAAAAACUUUUUGGAAAUAUUUGGACUUUGUUGUUGUUUUGUUUUGGGGUUUUUGUUGUUGUUGUUGUUGUUUUGCACAUUUUCAGCAUUUCCACUCAGGUUUUCAUGCUCAAAUUGAAAAUAAUCAGGAUGGAUUUAAACUAUGUAAUAUAAAAUAAUUUAUUUAUUGGUGAAAUAAUCAAGUUGUGAGAAUAGUGAAAAUGGUUUGAUGUCUUAAGAUAAUGACAUCUUAGGAUAACUACCUUGAGCACCAAGACACCACUUGAUCUCUUGAGGGAAUUUGUUAAUCAAAGAAUGUUCUUCAGAUAAAAUAUUAACAGUCAAGGCCAUUUUGACUUCUGUAGUACUGAACAUGCAAAACAUUUCUUUUUCACUGAUUUGGUAACGGUUUUGCUAUUGUCCCGUGUUAAGACUGCAAUGACUUUCUGAGAAACUGGCCAGACUAAUUACCUUAGCAUAUGACGGAGAUAUGUGAGUGCGGUCAAACUCGAAUGAUAAUAUCUAAAAAGGUGUGUUGGUUGUUAGAUUAUUUUCUCCAAUGGUCAGUGUAGUCAUUUAUUCUUAGCAAAGAAAAUUAACAGAAG